AACCCAAAUGCGUUACGGCAGAGAAGGGCGGGGCAACAGCGCUCCCGGCGUAGCUCCUCCCACUAGGGGGCCUCGCUCGGCGGACGGAACGGAAGUCGAGGGGGAGGCGCUUCCGCUUGACACGAGGGGGGGGGAGAUGUCCGGCGCCUAGCGCACGCGCAGUAGGGCUGCAGGGGCUUCCGGCCGGCAAGGGGCGCAGUGAGACGGGGCGCCUUCCGCCUUCGCCGCCGAAGCCGCCGCCGCCAUGCGCGUGGACAAGUGCUACUUCUGCUCCGGACCGGUGUACCCGGGCCACGGGAUGCUCUUCGUCCGCAACGACUGCAAAGCCUUCCGGUUCUGCCGGUCCAAGUGCCACCGGAGCUUCCAGAAGAAGCGCAACCCGCGGAAGGUGCGCUGGACCAAGGCCUUCCGCCGGGCGGCGGGCAAGGAGCUGGCGGUGGACCGGUCCUUCGAGUUCGAGAAGCGGCGCCACGAGCCCGUGAAGUACCAGCGGGAGCUGUGGAGCCAGAGCGUGGAAGCCAUGAAGAGGGUGGAAGAUAUCAAGCGGAGGCGCCAGGCCAAGUUCAUCUGGAACAGAUUAAAGAAGGGGAAAGAGUUACAGAAAGCACAGGACAUCAAAGAAGUCAAGCAAAGCAUCCACCUCAUCCAGGCCCCCCACGCAGGCAAAGCCAAGCUGAUGGAGGAAAAGAUGGUCCAGGUGCUACAGGACACGGUGCCCAUGGAAGAUUCUUGAAGGGUUACGUUCUUUGGGUUCUGGCCUAUUUAAUUUGGGGGGGAGGGGCUGUGACUAGUGUUUAUAUUUCAUGAGCUGAAGCUUCAAGAGGAAUAUCUGUAAAUGAAGUAUAGAAAUUAGAAAUAAAAUAGGGGCAAAAAAUGA